CUCCCAUUCAGUAAGCAGUCAGCCGCGAGUCCAGGCACAAGCACCACACACACGAUGAGCCAACAACUGGCGGAGAAUCUACCCAAGCAGCUCCCACGCAUCGAAGCCAAGGAGCAGAGCGAGGAGGAGGAUGCUCCAGUUCCACCCACACCCGGAAUAGUCGCAGACUUUGAGACGGCCAUCGAUGCGGCAGGCUUUGGAAUGUUCAACAUUCUGCUGCUGGUGGCCGCUGUGCCCGCGGCCAUGGGCACCGUUUACGAGACUUCGACCAUGUCCUACAUCCUGCCCAGCGCCGAGUGUGACCUGAAGCUGAGCCUGCUGGACAAGGGCAUUCUGAAUGCCAUCACCUAUGCGGGCAUGAUCAGCUCGGCCGUCUUUUGGGGCUACUUUGCGGACACCAAGGGCAGGCGCAAGCUUCUCAUCUACGGCUAUGCCGUGGACACCGUCUGCGUGCUGGGCGGUGCCUUCAGCCAGAGCGUUGUCCAGCUGAUGGUCUUCAAGUAUUUCGGAGGUUUCUGCAUGAGUGGCCCCUUUGCCGUGCUUAUGACAUACCUGACGGAGCUCCAUGGCCGGCAGCAUCGUCAGCGGAUAAUGAUGAUUGUGGGCAUUAUGUUCUCCAUAGCCACACUCACGCUGCCUGGCCUGGCCAUGCUUAUACUGCCCCAAGAUUGGGAACUAAACAUUUGGAGUUUUAAGAUGACUGCCUGGCAAAUGUUUGUGGCCGUAACAGCACUGCCCAGCCUCCUCAGCUCCAUGCUGUUCCCCCUGUUUCCCGAGAGUCCCAAGUUUCUCAUGUCCCGAGGUCGCAAUCAGGAGGCACUGGCGGCCUUCCAGUUUAUGUAUGCCCUGAACACCCGCAAGCCCAAGGAUUCAUAUCCAUUCAAAGUGCUGGCCAAUGAAGUGCCCGAGCAGGUGACCAAACACAAGGCACACGCAGGGCUAAAGCUGCCCAUCGAGAGCUCGGCGGCUGCCACCGUCCCACCAGUGGAUCCCGAGCUGGCAACCAUGCCCAAGAGUGGCCUGAGUGCGGGCCUCUCCCAGCUGCGGCCACUGUUCACCAAGCCCUACCUCGGUCUCUCGCUCUGGGUCUAUCUGCUCAACUUUUGCGUACUGCUGGGCCAGAACACCAUGCGUUUGUGGCUGCCGCAGCUGUUUGCGUCCAUCAACGAGUUCGAGCACCAGGUGGGUGGCCAGUCGGGGGAGACGAGCAUCUGCAGAAUAUUGGAGUUCAGCGUAAACCGCACCCAGAGCCAGCUGGUGGCCGUCAAGGACCCCAAUGCCGAGUGCACAGUGAAUGUGACGGCGGCCACGUACACAAACAAUCUGAUUGUGGCAGCCGCCGGACUGGUGGCCUACAUGCUGGCCGGCUUCCUGGUCAACCUGGUCGGCGUCAAGCGGAUAAUGACUGUUGGACUUUUAUGUGCCGCCUGCUGCUCGAUUGGCAUGUACUGGUCCAGCUCGGCUGCCUCCACAGUGGCCAUUGCCUCGCUGUUUGUCACCAUGGGCAGCAUAUCGGCGACAUCGGUGAUCAGUGCAUCGGUGAGCCUGUUUCCCACGUCACUGCGCACAAUGAUUGUCUCGCUGGAGAUGAUGUUCGGUCGCCUCGGCUCACUGCUGGGCAACAUCUUCUUUCCGGCCCUAAUGGGUCUCGGCUGUGUGCCGCCCUUCUUCAUGAUCAGCUUCUUCAUGUUGGCUGGCUGUGUGAUGGCUGCCUUCCUGCCGCUGAAGAAUAAGGCGGCACUGAAGUGAACUCCAAUUGCCAUUUCCCCAUUUUCCACUUCCCAUUUCCCACUCCUACUUGUACAUAACAUUUAGCACUAAGUUUAGUCAUUCCUUUGCCACUUUUUAUGCUUUUUUUUUUCUCUACUUUAUUUGUUGUGUGUCUGUGUCUCCUUCUGCUUUUGCUUUAAUUAAAAGUUAAUUUAUUUAAGAAUGAAACUUUCUGGGAUUAAGCAAUUUGUAUGCAAUUUCGUCUCUCGCCUGUCAAUUACAUGAAUUCCUCUUCAUCAAUUUCCAUAAA